AUGCUGUUUGGACAGAAUAGCCAGGUCCAGAGAAACCUUUUGUCCAAGGUUAAGUUUGCAAGCUAUGAUUGUCUUCUCUCGGCUGUUCAUGUAAACAAUAACCAUUGGAACUUACUGUUUGUACAUGCAGCUGAAAAAAAGGUCUAUUUAAUAGACCCUUUUAAAAAUGCUCCGGAGAUGGAAGCAUCUGAAAAGGCAGCUGACAAAUUUAAAGAAUACCUCAACAUGAGAAGGCAACACCAACAUUCAGAUUGGGCAAACAUCAACUGGGAGGGUGGGGUGCUGAAACAUCCUUGCCAGCAAGACGGAAACAGCUGUGGAGUGGUUGUCGCCAUGAUGGCAAAAGAAAUAAUACAUUAUUUCCCGGAAAUUCCCGAGUUCAGCUUCAGCACAACAAGAGCACAUAUGAUUAAAGGGAGGCGAUUGCUGGCUUUUGACCUUCUCCAAGGAUCAGUAUUUCAAAAUGAUUCUUGGUGCGUGAUGUGCGCGUCCAAAAAAACACCAAUAUCAGCUUGUAAAGUUGAGUGGAUUCAGUGUGACACAUGUGACCGCUGGUAUCAUGCGGACUGUAUUGGACUCUCAACCAAGGACGUAAAAAAGGCAGCUGGCGAAGUUGAAUGGAAGUGCCUUGUGUGCAAAUGA